CUGUACCUACCUAUUGUGUUCUGUGAACAAUUCACAAUUGCCAUUUUGCUAAUUUUGUAAAUUAAAUUAUAAAUUUAUAAUAAAUAAAUAAAUAGCUAAUGGCUAAAUACAAAGUACUGGAGUUCCUGAUUGCUGAAAACGUAACAAUAAUAGUUUAAUAAUUAAUAUAUUAUAAUGUUAUGGGUAGAAAUUAUGGCUCUAGGCUCUAGCCAACAUUAAUUAUACCAAUAUGGUAAAAUUUUUAAAUGUGGAUUAAGUAUUAUAAAAUUACUCUUUUAUAUUAGUUACUUCUAACUUUAAAAUCUUAUGAGAUAUCUUAAUCUAAAAAGUUAGCUAUGGCUCGAAGAUAUCGUGACGCUGCUGCUAAAAUGCAGCAGAACGUCCAAAAACAUUUAGAAAACAUGAAAGAAUUUUCUUCUUCAGAAGAUGAAGAACCUUGCGACUCAAGUGUGUUGGAAGGAGUCUUCCAGAGUUAUUGCCGAGGCGGUGGAGACAAUCAAAUGCUAAACAGAACGAAGAAUCUUCUCGAAGAAGCGAUUAGCGGUCGGUCGGUCACAUGCUUGAUAUGCAUUGGUUCUAUUAAAAAAGUAGACGCGAUAUGGACGUGUACUCACUGCCAUUCCUAUUUUCAUCUAUCUUGUAUUCAAAAGUGGUCCAAAGAUAGCAUAACUCUGCUUUCUCAGGAAACAACAGGACCAGUUGCAGUUUGUAAACCUAGAAAAGUAGAAUGGUGUUGUCCUAAGUGUAGAAACGCAUAUAGCAAAGAAGAAAUACCCACUAGGUACAGUUGUUUUUGUGGAAAAACAAAUGAUCCGACUUUCCACCCAUGGCUGUUACCUCAUACAUGUGGUGAAGUAUGUGGUAAGAAAUUGUCAAUAGGUGAGAAUUGUCACCAUAAAUGUCUUUUGCUGUGUCAUCCUGGACCAUGCCCUCCUUGUCCUCAGACUGUAAAUGGUUCCUGUUACUGUGGCAAUGAAAGAAAGAAGGUGAGAUGCAGUACAUCUAAAUGGUCAUGUAACCAGCCAUGUAGGAAGAUGCUAUUUUGUAGAUCACAUAAAUGCGAAGUCAACUGUCAUGAUGGAGAAUGUCCACCUUGUAACUAUACAAGUCUUCAAUUCUGUCAAUGUGGCUCUGAAAAGUUGCAGCGUCCAUGCAGUGAACCUAUUUGGCAGUGUUCAAAACCAUGCAACAAACCUUAUGCUUGUGGAACUCAUAAAUGUGAGAAGAUAUGUCAUUUAGGUGUUUGUGGAGACUGUCCUCAGUCUGGCUUGAGGUCAUGCCCAUGUGGGGCAAAUAGAAGAAUUGUUAAGUGUCCAGAUACAAUUGAAACUUGUGCUGGGACAUGUGGUAAGAGACAUGAGAACUGUGAACAUAGUUGUCCAGAAAAAUGUCAUAAAGGAUCAUGUUCACCCUGCCAAGUGUUGAUAGAAAAGAAAUGUCUAUGUUCAACUCACACAAGACUGUUGCCCUGCAGCAAAGAAUUUAGAUGUGACACAAAAUGUAGAGAGACUAGAUCUUGUGGUAAACAUUCUUGUGCUCGUAAAUGCUGCAAUGGAACCUGUCCUCCCUGUGAGAAAACUUGUGAUAAACCCCUGCAAUGUGGGCGUCAUAAAUGUGCAGCAGUGUGCCACCGAGGGCCCUGCUACCCCUGUCCUAGAGAUGCCAAAGUAACAUGUAGAUGUAAAGAUACCUAUAUUACUGUACCUUGUGGUCGAGAGAGGUAUGUAAAGCCUCCAAAAUGUGAUUCUAUAUGUCAAAUUAAAUACAAAUGUGGACAUAUCUAUGAAAAUAAACAUUUGUGUCAUUUUGGUGAAUGUCCACCUUGCAAGGCUAUCUGUGAUAAGCCAUAUCAGAGAUGUGAGCACAAAUGUAAAGCUGUGUGCCACAAGUAUGUUUCAGUUGUUUUCAAACAAGUAGAAAAACCAGCAACUCCAUGGGAAGUGCAACCACCAAAGACAAAAAUAAUGGCUCUACAGUGUCCCCCUUGCGAGACCCCAGUGCCAAUCAUAUGCUUUGGUGAACAUGAGACUGAGAUGCAACCCUGCCAUUCUGCUGGAAGACAUUGUUGUGGCAGAGAGUGUGGAAGGAAAUUAGCUUGUGGCAACCACAAAUGUAGUCUGUUAUGUCAUUUGUAUAGUUAUGAUCCUAACUACCCAAAUGUGCCUUAUUCAUGCCGACCUUGUAACAGAGAGUGUUCAGUGCCCCGUCCAGAUAAUUGUUUACAUAAAUGUCCAAAAAAAGGCUGUCACCCUGGCACUUGCCCACCCUGUGAGAUUUUGGAAAGAAUAAAAUGCUUUUGUGGUGUCACAGAUUUGUAUAUUCACUGUAAUGAACUAUCUGUAGCAGUUGAUGACCAACUGAGUUGUAAGCAGCAAUGCCCUAAAAACCUUCAAUGUGGACAUAGAUGCAAAAAAAUCUGUCAUAAAAGCUUGUGUGAUAGUUACCAAAUUUGUAUUAAAAAGACUAAAGUUUAUUGUCCUUGUGGAAAUCUGAAAAAAGAUGUUCCAUGCAAUCUUUUGCAGACCUCUGAGAUGAAAAUAAUUUGCGAUGAGUCUUGUGAAGCAAAAAAAUUAGCCAUUAAAUUGGAAAAAGAAUUGGAGGAGAAGAGACAAAAGGAGUUGGAACAAGAGAAAAAUCGUAAGGAACUGGAGGAAUAUGAGUGGAAAAUUAGUGGCAAAAAGAAAAAAUAUAAGGAGAAGAAAAUUGUUGCCAACGAAGAGAACAGGAGCAUGCUGCACAAAUAUUGGGUUCCUCUUGCAAGUGUGGCUGUGCUAAUAUCUACUGCACUUUAUUUCAUCUUGUUUACUAUGUAGCUUAUAGAAAUGUUUAUUUGUAUUGGUACAUACAAUAUAAUUAAAAUAAUUUAACAGACAUAUUCAUUAACUACUUUGUUAUUUAUAUACUUGGAGUAAAUUAAUAUUAAUGUAUAUAUUCUAAAUAAAAUCUGUUAUUAAUAAACAUACUUUGUUAACCGGAAGGAUAGUCUACAAUAAGCAAAGCAACAGCACUAUUAAAUUUAUGUGUGGGCUAAGAGGGAAUAGUUCCUCUUCUAUUUAAUAGAUUGUCUGAUUUGGCAAUGUCUUUUGGCCAUCCAUGAUCAACGUACAAUCUCUCUCAGGUCGCCAAUGGCUUCUAUCAAACUGUACUUCCAGAUCUAAUCAGAAUCCAUGUACCAAAAGCUGGCUGCUUUUAGUGUGCAGGUUAUUGCAUUUGCUUAGGAUGUGCCCAUACUCAUGCAGAAAUCCAAAGGUAAUCAGUCACUGCUGGCCCAGUUCAUUGACACUGUAGUUGGCCGCAGAAAACCUAACUAACCUAACUUGUCAUGUAAUAUUAUAACCAAAUACCUACAGCGUACCAAUUCUAUUGGUUCUGGGAAAAACCUAGGUAGUCCAACAAAUAUUUACAUUUAUACUUUAAAGUGUUCACUUCAAGGGUAACAAAAAUUGUAUCCUGGUCACAGGUUAGUGAUUACCGCCGCCGCCCAAAUAUAGGUAUUCUCUUACAACACCAGCGGAAUACGAGCGUUUCCGGCAUUUAGUUAAUUACAAAAGCUAAUAGUUAAUGGUUGUUGUACAUAGUCAAAGCGAAAUAAACUAUUCAAAUGGGCUUAAAUCUAAGCGCUUUGGAAUCGUCAUUAAAAUACAUAGGUACAUACCUAUCACAAAUUAUGUUGUUAUAUAUUAAGAAAAUUUUACGAGAUUGUUAAGUACCCAAUGAGUUAAGUUUUAAGUAUGUUCUUUUUGAAUUCGCAUGUAAGUAUAAUUUGUAAAAAAAAGGUUAAAUUUUUUUCCUUAUACAAAAAUAAUUUCUGUUUCUAUUGUUAUUGCUAUCUUGAUUUUGUAAUUUUUCUUGUAUGUUAAUGUGUUCUUGCUGUCACCAAAAUAAAGACACAUGCUGUGAAUAGAUGAAUCAUAUUGUUGAACCUACAUAGGUACCUACCUAAUAAAAAAUAGUGUUUAAAUAAA